AUGGUCCACCACGCCUAUAUCAAAUAUACUCCUCACCGGGACGCGACUCGGUUUGUUGUCUCGGCAGCUGAUGCCGAUACUAUUGAUGAGUGGUGGCGGGCACAUCAGAAGCACAAAGGACUGAGAAUGGAGCGAAUGUCUCCAGACUUCUAUACUAUCUUCCUCACACUUAUUGUUGAUGCCGCUGGUGGUACCGCUGUACGCAACGGCGCUGGCAUGUUGGACCAGGCGUCUCGGACUGACCACAUCAGCGGUGGCACCUUUUAUGUGCGAUCCAAGUCAGAGCCAUCUCUGUACUGGUGGGCUGCGGAGACCGGAGGUCGCAUCUAUGCGACUCGUCAAGGCCGUACCCGAUUCCAGAUUCGUAUCGACGCUGAAGAUGAUCGAAGCAAAACUGUUAUGAUCAAAUCCGACCGCGUGGUGUUAUGUGCAGCGCAUGACCCGAAGCUCAAGGUCAGCACCGAAGCGGGCGAGCUAUGUCUGGAUAAGCAUUCUGACUCUUUCGACUUUGGUGACUUCAAGCAUCGUUUCCUCGCGGGCGGGAUGUAUGACAAGGAGGUUGUCAAGCGUGUAGACUUUGGGUUUGGGGAAGAGUGGGAGUUGGUGCGGUAA